GCCAUCAAAAGUCCUGGAAGAGAGUGAACCAUCAGUGCGGAUGGUUCUGUAAGCUUUUGAUCCAUGAUGUUUGUUGCAUUGAAGUUGUCAUUGGCCAAGUAUGGCAAGGGAGUCUUUAAGGAGGAUCAACCCCAGGAUUAUAUUUUCUCAUCAGAACAAGAAACAGGUCCUCUUGUUGAUAUGACAGAAGCACAAGCAGCAGUACCAAUUGCAGCUCAUGUUUUUCUUCCUGUCUUUGACAUGAUUAAUGGUCUGAGAUCAGGACAAAUUGGAGAGGUUAGUGGAGAAGUCCGCUAUGUGGAAUGCAAAAAGGAUUACAUCAUGACAUUUUCUUUCCAAGAGAAAUAUCAAGAUAUACUCCCUUUUCUGGAUAGAAACAGGGAAGAAGUUGGUCCAGAGAUGUUGGGAACUCGAAUGUUAAGCAAUCGUAAGUGGACAGAUUGCAAAAGGCAGUGGACCAUACCAAUUGUUUCGAAGGAAGUGGACUAUGAAGGUGUGAACUGGCUGUUUUUAUUCCUUGGAAAGCAACUUCAUAACACCUCUGUCAAACAGAUGAGGGAUCUUAUAUAGAAAUGCAUCAACCAUGACUAUAAAGCAUCACGUGAAAAAAAGAAGCUGUUGUUCAAAAUUUAUGAAAGAAUAUAUGAGCUAUUGCAGGCUUGACUCGUGAUGCUAAUUGACACAUUCUCAAGAAUUCAUAACAAAAGCCAAAGCAGCUCAUGUCUGUUGGAGUAGUUAGGGACUUAAUUCUUGGUAAAUCUUUCUACAGUUUCAAUAUGGCUUUUGCGGAAUAGAAAGAUAUUUCAAGC